AUGUGCGACGACGAGCCGACACCACCCGCGGGGGUUAUCCUCCUCGCCUUCGCCCCCGAAGUGCGCGAGAAGCCCGUCGCGAAGUACCUGCUCUCCUUCGACUGGGCUAGCACGCCCCUCGGUCCCAUCACGGAAUGGCCGCAGUCCCUCAAGACCGUCGUCGCCCUUAUGCUCGUUAACCCCUCUCAGUCAUGCAUGUUUUGGGGUCCGGAGAAGACCGUACUCUACAAUGAUGCUUGGGCGCAGAUAUCAGGGGCAAAGCAUCCCCAUCUCAUGGGAAGGCCAGGCAGAGUAGCAUUCCACGAACUCUGGGAUACAUUCUCAAAGCAUUGCGAUCAGGUGUACAAUGGCAAGCUCGUCGGCCGCGUCGACGAUCUCGUACUCUUCGAGUCGCGCGUCACGGAGGAGCAGACCGCGAGCUUCCACAGCCCAAUUCUCGUUACGCCUGAAUCGACCGAAGACGACCCACCCGUCCUGGAGACGUACUUUACUUGGUCGUACCUCCCCAUCCAAGUCGAAGACGGCAGCGUUGGCGGUAUCAUCAACAACUGUAUGGAAACCACUGACAAGGUUCUGUCCGAGCGCCGCAUGCACACCGUCCGCCGUGUUGCCGAGUGCACCUCCCUUGCGCAGACCACGGCCGAGUUUUGGCCCGCGCUCACAGAAGCUUUCACCGACAAUCAGUACGACUUCCCGUACUUCAUGUGCUAUGCUGCUAGUGCCGCGGAGCCUGCGGCGUGCGACUCUCCCUCAGGGCAGUCUUCGUCCUCGCGCUCCUCUUCAUCGUCGUCGAUGCGCUCGACAAUAUCCCCCAUCCGUCUUCAGCUUAAGGAGGCGGUCGGUAUACCAAAGGAACAUCCGGCAGCACCUGAGGUCAUCGAGCUGCUCUCUACGACUGGCGAGGGCAUGCCGUGGCCCUUUGCCGAGGCCUGCAUAUCACGCGUGCCCAUACGCGCGGCCAAUCCCUUUCCUGUGGACGAAGGCAAGGACGACGACGCUGGCCGCACGUGGGCCGAAUAUGCACGUAACAGAGCCUGGGGCGACCCGCCCGGGGACGCCGUCGUCAUGCCCCUGACUUCACCCGACGGAGGUCUCAUUGGCGUACUUGUGCUAGGACUGAAUACGCGGAGGCCAUAUGCGGGGCGCUAUGCCAACUUCCACGCGACACUUGUGAAGAACCUGAGCGCGAGCUAUGCGGCGACGCUCGCGUUUGAGCAGCAGAUACAGCGCGCGGAGGAGCUCAGGGCGCUGGAUCGGGCAAAGACAGUGUUCUUCCAGAAUGUCUCGCAUGAGCUUCGGACGCCCCUCACGCUCAUUCGCGGGCCUUGCGAGGAUGCUCUGCGUGCGGAGAAGCUCGAUCCGCUGGCACGGACGCGCUUUAGGUUCAUUGACAGGGCUAGCAAGCGAUUGUUGCGCUUAGUGAAUAGCCUGAUGUUAUUCUCGAGCGCAGAGGCGAGGAAACUGCAGGCGCACUACCGUCCUGUGAAGCUGGGAUCAGUAACCGCGGAUAUGGCGUCUUUGUUUCGCUCUGGUAUCGAGCGCGCGGGGUUGACAUUCAAUGUCAACUGCGAGGACCAGGACGGAAAGAUGGUCUUUAUUGACGUCUUCCUUUGGGAGAAGAUUGUCUUCAACUUGUUGUCAAACGCGCUCAAAUACACCAAGAAAGGCUUCAUCAAUGUCAAUCUGAGGUAUACCUCGACGGAGGCCAUCCUACGAGUAGAGGACUCGGGCUGCGGCAUCCCUUCCGACCACGUCGGCCGCGUCUUGGACCGCUUCCACCGCGUGGAGUCCUCCGAGGGGCGUUCCGUCGAGGGCACGGGCAUCGGCCUCGCGCUAACCUCCGAGCUCGUCAAGCUACACGGAGGCCGCAUUGACGUGACCAGCGACCUUGGACGGGGGUCGGCGUUCAUGGUGCGUCUCCCGCUCGGGGACAAGCACCUUCCGCAAGAGGGCGUCGAACACGAGGAGGCGUCACACGAGCAUAUGAGUACCGAACACAUGGCGCGGCUGGCGACCGAUGCCGGCGGUUGGCUCGCGGAGGACUCGGCGGACUCGACGAGCCAAAGUUCGGCGGGUGUGGUCGGGGAGGGGGAGAAGGGGGCGCAGCUGCAGCCGUUCAAGGUGCUGCUGACGGAGGACGAUGAGGAUGCGCGGCAGUACAUCCACUCGAUCCUGAGGGGCAUCGUGCAGGAGGUGGUUACCGUGCCGGACGGCAUGGCUGCGCUGGAGUACAUUGAGUCGUCGGAGAAGCCGCCAGACUUGCUGGUGACGGAUAUGAUGAUGCCUCGCAUGAACGGCGCAGAGCUUCUUCGUACACUCACGCAUCAUCACGACUCUAGUAUCCAGGCCAUGCCCGCUAUCGUACUCACCGCACGCACUGGGCAGGAGGGCGAUGCUCGUGUGGAUGGAUUGCUGCACGGACCAGUAGACUAUCUACUCAAGCCCUUCAGUGCCACAGAGCUCACUCAGCGUGUCGAGACGCGGCUGCAGGCCUUACGACAGAAGCAGGAGCUCGAGCGGCUGGUCGAACAGAGAACAGCUGCCCUCGACAGUGCUCAACAGCGAUAUCGACGUAUGAGCGAGCUGGCGCCUGUCGCGUUGUUUGAGACCGACGAAGACGACCGAGAGCUGAUCACGUACGCGAACGAGCGUUUCUUCACGCUCACGGGCUUGCCGAAGGUGCUACCCCUGCGCCUGGAAGUCUUUGUGGAUAUGGUUGCUCCGCAACAUCAGGCCAUUGUGCGCGAGCACUGGUUAGACGUCCUCGCGAACGGUGUAACGGCGCGCUUCGAUUUCCUCUUCGUUGACGACAAGAAUGUCUUUGCGGAAAUUAUACCGUCUGCGUCUGGCGGAUUGUUGGCAACGCUGACCGAUCAGACCGAGCAACGGCGGUUCCUCGCGCAGCAGUUGGAUACUGAGCGUGCGAAGGCAGACGAGGCUGUCAGGCAAAGGCGUCUACAGGAAGCGUUUAUCGACAUUGUAUCGCACGAACUGCGGAAUCCUCUCUCCGCGAUUUUGCAGAGCGCGGAUCUGCUGUCAGGUUCAAUUGUGCGAUUGAACGACAUCAUGCAAGAGGUCUUCGUAUCAAUAAAGACAGGUCUGCCCCUCUCGGGAUCACGGCUGAAGAAGCUAAUGGACGAAAGCGAAACAGAGUUGCAGGAUGCCAGCCAUGCGGUCGCAUCGGUUGAACUUUGUGCUCGUCACCAGACCAUCAUCGCCAGCGACAUCCUUGUCGUCUCGCGACUCGAUUCGAAUCUGCUGAGCAUGAAGCCCACGAUGUUCCAUCUCAUGGAUGAGAUGCGAAGUACGUUGGCUAUGUUCUCGGUCCAGGCGGAAACGCAGAAUAUCAAGUUCUUGCUCAAGCCGGAAGGCGUCGAUGCCGAGACGAGGAUUGUGGCUGAUCCAACAAGGUUAUGCCAAAUUCUUGUCAACCUAAUAUCGAAUUCGUGCCGAGUGCUAGAGUCUUGGGAGGGCAAGCGCGAAAUUACCAUUGAAAUGUCUCUGGAAUUGCGCCGUCCCUUCGCAUUAGCAGUUCAUUCUCGUCAUGCUUCAGAGGAGAACGUGGACCCCACUCAUCUAUGGCUCACCUUCCAUAUCUCUGACACGGGUCCGGGGAUUCCCGUCGAGGAUCAAGCUCGUCUUUUUACGCGCUUCAAUGACGUGCAGGCGGUACAGACGGCUGGCCGACGGUCCUCCAGCAUGGGUGGUACCGGGCUUGGCUUAUACCUCUGCCGGAAGCUUGCCGAACUACAAGGCGGCGCCAUCAAGUUCGACGGAGAAGCGGGCAAGGGCGCCUCCUUUCUGUUCUUCAUUGAAGCUCGCCUUGCACCGCCGGCACCCAGCGCGUUCUCCGCAUACGCGAAGCGCAGCUCGGAUCGCUUUGAACGGACGGGCUCCAUCUCGCCGCGUCCCGGUAUAUCGCGGACGACGUCGGACGUUAUCCUGCACCAUGCAGAGAAGCGGAAUGGGACGCAGAGUACACCUGAGGUCGAAGUCGGCGCGCGGCAGGGGCUGAGCAACGGAACCAACCUGAAAUCCGAGUUAAAGGCCGACGUGCUGAACGAGAAGCUGCUGAGCGUCCCGGUUGUCGCGAGUCCGGAUCUGGAUCCGGACAUGAUACUCAAGAGGCCAGAGGUGCGCCAGAAGGAAGAAGAGGCGGGGCGGCGGCAAGAAUCGGAGCGCGAGGAGCGCCAUCGCCAGGAGUCUUCCGCUCCUCGGCAUGGGGGCGACCCUGUUGAGCGCACGUCGUUGCACGUGCUAGUGGUUGAGGAUAAUGCUGUGAACCAGAGACUGCUCCGUCGGCAGUUAGAGAAGGCGGGCUUUCUGGUCGAUACAGCUAAUCACGGACUGCAAGCGUUGCAACUUCUCGAGGAGGGCGCAUUGGCGACCGCAUCGCAGCCCUAUCCAUCCGUCGUACUGAUGGACUUGGAGAUGCCUGUUAUGGACGGCCUCGAAGCGACAUCGCGGAUUCGCGCGCUCGAGGAAGAGGGCAAGCUUCCGCCGCCAAAGAUGCCAAUCUUCGCGAUCACGGGCAACGCGAGACAGGGCCAGGUCGACGCGGCGCUGGCGGUAGGGAUGGACGAGGUGUUCAUUAAGCCAUAUAGACUGGCGGAUGUCGUGGCUCGCAUCGACCGCGAUGGCCGUCAAAGAAUGGCAAUGGUGGACAUGAUCCCGGAUCAAGACUUGACGCCAACUGCUUCAGGCGUCUAGGGACGAGCCCUUCAUCGCAUCUUCCUCGCAUCGUACUCAUCAAUUGAGUACACAUCAUCAUCAUCAUCAUCACCCUAGCUCCUCCACAUCGGCAUCGCUAUUUCUACAUUGUACUUUGCAUGGGUGUAUCGCUAGACAAUCCGCAUGGGUCUCGGGCUGCUAUACUAUCGGUCGUGUGCUCUCUGUAUCUUUAUCAUGUAGAUCAUUUUUGUAGGUAUUCAGGCGUUAUUCUUGCUAUUGCGGGGAAUCAUGGUACAGAAGUUAUCUUUACAACAUGCUAUGGCUAUCAUUGCGACAUCACUA